AGACAAAAAUCUCACAACCUCUUGGCUUAUAGCAAUUGAUAAAUUAUCAUAUCUCAAUCAUGGCUCAAGCUCUCCAAACCACCAUUAUCAUAUCCGUAAUAGCCUUGUCCCUGUUAAACCUCACCGUUAAUGGUAGUAAGUACAAAAACCCUUUUCUCAAACACCUAGGGCUACUUAACAAGAAGGAACAGCUGACACAUCUCCACUUUUACUUCCACGACAUCGUCAGCGGUCCAAACCCUACAGCCCUCCAAGUGGCGUCGGCAAAAACAUCGAACACGUCAUCGACAGGCUUCGGCGUCGUGGUGGUCAUCGACGAUCCCUUGACCGAGGGCCCAGAGCCCAACUCCAAGGCAGUGGGAAGAGCACAGGGAAUCUACGCCUCGGCCUCCCAAUCCGAUGUGGGAUUACUUAUGGUUUUGAAUUAUGUUUUCACGGAAGGUAAGUUUAACGGCAGCACACUCAGCAUCUUGGGACGUAACGCCGUGUUCUCCGCCGUUAGAGAGAUGCCCAUCGUUGGUGGAACCGGGCUUUUCCGGUUUGCUAGAGGCUAUGCUCAGGCCAAGACACAUACAUUUAAUCUUACUUCUGGUGAUGCUGUUGUUGAGUAUAAUGUAUAUGUUUUGCAUUACUAGGUAAUUAAGGUAUAUAUAGCUAGGCCCCAGUUAAUGUAUUCGGUUCAUCUUUUAUUUUCUUUAUUUUAAUUAUUGUAAUAUUAGAAUAUAAAUUUAUAAUUUAUGCCUUUAUAUAUUAAUAAUAAGAUUAAUAAUGAUUUUUCAUUGGUUUGUA